UUUUUGCAUGAUGCGUUUAUCACCUUGCGUGGCUAAAUGCGGUUGGUCGCGUUUUACUGACGCUCGGGUUUUGACAUUGGCAUGAAGCGUGAUAGAAGGCUGCCACAGAAUUCGCUCCAAGUAUGGCUCUCUCCCUGCUUUCAAGAUCCCUUGCUGGGCUCCUUGUAGAGUCAUCGUCAAUAACUCAUCAGAGGACUUUUAGUGUAUCUGCUGUUGCAGCAGCCAUUCAAAAGAUGACUAGAGUGCGUGUUGUGGACAACAGCUCCCUUGGAAAUACACCAUAUCACCGUGCCCCAAGAGUGAUCCAUGUCUACACCCAGAAUGGUAUAGGAAAAGUCGGUGACAAAGUGUUGCUUGCCAUCAAAGGACAGAAGAAGAAAGCGCUCAUCGUUGGACACAAAAUGCCAGGAGAUCGCAUGACUCCACGCUUUGAUUCAAACAAUGUUGUUCUUAUUGAGGACAAUGGGAACCCCACAGGAACAAGGAUUAAGGUCCCUAUACCCACACAUCUACGUAAACAUGAGGGAGAAUACUCCAAGGUCCUGGCAAUUGCUAGUGCAUUUGUUUAGUAACAGCUUUAAUCAGGUGUUAUUUGUCUUCAGUAAACUAUAUUAAAAAAAAGCAUACUCUCCUCAAAAUGAUUUAGAUUAUGUUAAUUAACGUGA